AUGGCGGGAACAGGCUCAGGACGUGAAACCGGAAAAUCUUCUGCAAAAACCAGUCUCGUAGAUGCGAGUGCAGAGUCAUCGUCGACACCACCCCUUCCCACCCCUCCACCUACACCGGACAGUUUCAAGCGGUUUGCCUCCGUAAUUAAAUACUUUCGUCCCAAGCAGACCAAGGCCCGCAGCAGCACCAUCUCCACAACUUGGCCGUCGAGAAGAUUUGCUUCAAAGGGCUCCUCGAAGACCUCAACUGAGACCAUUCCGCGCAAUAAAAUACCUGAUGAGUUCCUAUUUGCGACCCCGACUACACUCAAACUAGCAGAUCAAGAUCUCUUUCGACGUCCAAGUCUACCAGUCCCCGCUGCGGUGCUCGAGCCUGGCCUAGGACAGAAUAUUCAGCUAGAGGGGAGAUUUUGGGAGCACCAAGAGCCCGGGGAGGCUGUUGCUCGAGAGACCCAAUCGCUUGGUAGUAGGGGCAAAGCUACUCCAACCCAGGGCAUUGAUCCUGUUGGACAAAGUCUGUCGCCAGCUAAGACGUGUAUAGCAAACGCAAGCGUCGAGUCGUUGCCUAUUAGAUCACCCAGAAAGUUUGACUCCCCAACAAAGCCAACUGAUAGCGCAGAUAAGAUGAUGGUAUCCAAUCCUCCAAGCGGUAGACAGCAUGGAGCCUCCCAAGAGCAGAAUGCCACCCUAAAUCCCCCGACUGUAACAUAUUAUGGUCAACCUCCACCGUCACCUUUGCCCAAUGGCCAAAAUUCAUCGUCAGGUCCAACGAAUUUAUCAGGCUUGGUAUGCAAUGUUCAUCGAACUACGGGACGGGAGCCGCGUCCGCUGGCAGGGCCUUCUAGUACAGUUCUAGGAGAUAAACUCUAUGUUUUUGGAGGACGGGUGCAGUCUAGGAGCAGGCCCGAGUUAUUGACUAAUGAGAUGUACGAAUUAGAUUUGAUACGCCGCCAUUGGACUAAAUUAGAAACCACAGGGGAUAUCCCGCCUCCCCGCUAUUUCCAUUCAGUAUGUGCUUUAGGUGACUCAAAACUAGUUUGCUACGGAGGAAUGUCUGCCAAACCUGCUGUUCCAAAUCAACCAUCAUCAACACCAAAUCCAAGCGGCCAGCAGGCAAGCCAGGAAGCACAGCAGGGAGUUGUUCUCUUGUCAGAUAUACAUAUUUUUGAUGUGCCCAGCCGAACAUGGACUUUUAUUCCAACCUCGAACAGUCCCAGGGGGAGGUACGCCCACUGCGCGACAAUCCUACCAUCUGUUGCCGCCUUCGCCUCCUCGAAUGCACCGCUGUCCGCUCUCCACCAUAACCCUUCUUCGUCCAAUCCCCAUCAAGGCUCGAUAGGCGUAGAGAUUGAUGGGUUUGGCGGGGCUGAGAUGAUUGUGGUUGGUGGUCAAGAUACGUCGAAUCAUUAUUUUGAAGAAAUAAACGUUUUCAACCUAAGAAGCUUAAAAUGGACUUCUACAUCUUCCCUUGAUCGAAGCUGUGGAGCCUAUAGAAGUGUUGCUACUCCAUUACUUGGGGUGAGCGCUUCUGAUAUUGGAGGUGGAGUUGAAGUGGAAGGGUUUCGAGAUCCCACAAAACCGGAUGCUCAAAAACAAGACCCAUUAUUGCUGAUAUAUUCGAAUUACAAUUUCUUGGAUGUGAAGUUAAACCUGCAGCUCCGUCUUCCUGAUGGAAAACUUAUUGAGAAACCAAUGCAUGGUCCAGUUUCACCUCCUGGCUUACGGUUUCCCAAUGGUGGCAUUAUUAAUGGCCAUUUUGUGGUUAGUGGUACAUAUCUAACAUCUUCGAAACAAGAGUACGCCAUGUGGGCUUUGGACUUGAAAACACUUACGUGGGGCCGUAUCGACGCUGGAGGUGCCAUUUUCGGGCAUGGUAGCUGGAAUCGCGGUGUCUUAUGGAGCCGGCGAAGCACAUUUGUCAUUCUGGGACAUCGGAAACGAAGUUUGGUUGAAGAUUACAAUCAUCGCCGUAUCAACUUUUCACACAUCUGUUUUGUUGAACUCGAAGCAUUUGGUUUGUAUGAGAACCCUCGACGAAGUGCACCAACCUCUGGGUAUGCGUCUGUAAGCAGUCCUAUGAUACCUGCAUCCCUGCAGGCAAAGAUUUCGCAGCAAGGUAUUGGUGGUCGACCGCUAUCUGCUGCAGCGGAGGCUCUAGGCCGGAUGGCCCAAUCACUUCGAGAGUUGUCGGAUAUGGAGCUGCUCACUCUUGGCGGAGAGCGUAUUCCCGUCAAUUCGCACAUUUUAGCACGUCGCUGGGGGCCAUACUUUAUUCAACUUCUCCGCGAAGCUACAAAUGCAGAAGAAACAAUGUCAGAUGCUGCUACUGUACGGCAGCAGAACCCAUCUCACCCUAGUAGAAAUUCCAGCAUUACCAUAACUCCUUCAAUUGGCAAUAAUAGCACCUAUUCUGCCGCUACAACCCUUGUCGGUCCCAGUGGCUCUUCAUGCAGCCAAAAAUCAGCACCAUCCCUCUUCCCCAACCUCGAAAUCCCGUCUGCACACACUCUUACACCAAACUCCCGUCCCAGAACUCUAUACCUCCCUCACACCUAUCUUACUGUCCAACUUCUCGUCCAAUACCUUUAUACCUCCUCCCUCCCUCCACCUGGCUCUCAACUCUGCACCCCUCAAAUACUCUGCUCUCUCCUUCAACUCGCGCGUCCCUACCAGGUCGACGGUCUCCUCGAAGCCACCGUCGAACGCCUCCACCAAGUGCUAGAUGGCCGGAACGCUGCCGCUGUCUUCAACGCCGCCGCCAUGGCUGCUGGCGGAGGCCGUGGCACAGGAUUCACCAGCGGGCCUGGUGGAACUCUUGAAGUGUUGAACGGCUUCAAUUCCCGAUCUGGCGGCAUCUCUUCUGUCACAGAACCAAUGAGCAUUCUGAACCUCAACUCCAACUCCUCUGACACGGAAUCCGCGGGAACUGGUCGGCCGUCUGGAGUCACAAUUGGCGGCAGCAACGCGCCAGGACCCUCACACAGACGCGCAUCAAGUGCCCAGCGUCCCGCUAAUCUUCGCAUCAAUACCACAAAUCUCAACUCUAGAAAUGUCUCUGCGGCAGGUCCUCGUGGCCGCAGUCGUGCCGAGUCUGUUAGUAGUGCGGCCAGCACUGCCACGUCCGCGUCGACCAAUACCAGUGUUAGUUAUACGGAGUCCAUGAGUGUGGAUGGUAAAGAUGACAUGGUUAUUGGUGGUGGCGUUCUUGAACGCGGGCGGAACAAGCCUGAGCGGGAAAUUUGGUCUGGUGAAAUUAGCAGCGUUGUUGGUUUGCAGAAGCGAGGGUUACGCGGAUUGAUGGAGGGGAGACGUAUGAGAGAGAGGAGCGGGAGACCGGCUAAUACCUCUGGCAAUUCUGGGGGUGGUGAUGAUGGAAGUGCCAGUACCGGUGGAAUGUCACAGCAGACUCCCUCUACAGCUACUUCAGGCAUUGCUGUUAACGCUGGCGGGUAA